AUGCUGAGACAAAUACAACCCAAGAACGCUCGGUCGAAACGAGCUCUCGAGAAGAAGGCGCCUAAAGUUGUCGAGAACCCCAAGACCGCCCUGUUCCUGCGUGGGACGUCGGCAAGCCAGAUCGUGCAGGAUGCGCUGACGGACCUGCAUACGCUCCGAACGCCCUUGAGCAAAAAGUUCACCAAGAAGAACGAUGUCAAGCCGUUCGAGGAUGCCGCUUCCUUGGAGUUUUUCAGUGAUAAGAACGAUGCCUCAAUACUUGUAUUCGGUUCGAGCACGAAGAAACGACCACACACCCUGACAUUCGCGCGGACCUACGCCAAAAAGAUACUAGACAUGCUCGAGUUGAGCCUCGACCCGGAAAGCUUUAGACGGGUGUCGCAAUUCAAAGGGCGCAAGUUCGCGGUCGGCUUGAGACCCAUGAUGGUGUUCUCUGGCACGCCCUUCGAAUCUCCUAUCAGCAAUGAAUACACGAUGUUGAAGAGCAUCUUCAUAGAUCUCUUCAAAGGAGAUGCGACCAGCGACAAGAUCGACGUUGAGGGUCUCCAGUAUAUCGUGAGCGUUGCCGCCGACGAGCCAGUGGGCGACGACGCCAAGCCUGUCGUCCAUCUACGUAUAUACCUUCUUGAGACUAAGAGGUCCGGCCAAAAGGUGCCUAGAAUCGAGCUUGAGGAGAUGGGGCCGAGAAUGGAUUUCCGAGUUGGCCGCAGCCAGCAGCCCGACGAGGGAGUCUGGAAGGAAGCUUUGAAGACUCCCAAGGCGGGUGUGGAGAAGACGAAGAAGAAUGUGUCGACGGAUAUCAUGGGUGACAAGAUGGGCAAGAUUCACUUGGGCAGACAGGAUCUGAGUGAGCUGCAAACGAGAAAGAUGAAGGGACUGAAGCGGAAUCGGGCCAUGGAAGGAGACGAACAGGAUGUGGUCGUCGAUGACGAUGCCCCGAAACGGCAGAAGAAUUGA